AUGGGUGCUCCUCCAGGCAUGGGUGCUCCACCAGGAUUGAGCGCUCCUCCUCCUGGUGUCCCAGCCCGCCCAAACAUGCCACCGGGCAUGCAACAAGCGAACGCGCCACCAGCAGCUCGUGGUGCACCGGUCUCUUUCCAACCCCCGAACCUACCUAACAUCAAUUUCAGCGCCCCCGUGAUCCGACUCGGCACGACAGGACCUGCCUCCGGAAACGAACGCAACGACGGACCCAGACAAGGCGGCCGCCCGGGGCUUGGCAUGGACAGAGGCCAGGACCAAGGGCGAUCGUCGAAUCGCGAUGCAGUGCAAGCUCUGAUUCCCGCAACGGCCGAAGAGAAACUGCGCACGAUCUUCAUACACCAGAUUCCAGAAGGCGUGGGCAGUGAUGGCGUUCAGAAAAUUCUCAGCGCCGUGGGGCGGCUAAGGAGAUGGGAGGCGCUCGACAGCGUAAUGGAUGAUCACAAGGGUGCCAAGUUUGGCUUUGCGCUGUUCGAGGAUGUUGAGUCCCUGCACAACGCCGCGCGCCUACUGGCCGAGGAGGAGGUCCAGGUGCCCAAAGCAAAGCAGCCCAUUGCAAAGGAACAGCCCAAGGACGAUACGUUCGAAGGCAUCGAAACGGUCAAGUUACAAACUUCGCUGGACGCCAGCUCGGUCAAUUACCUAGAGGCGUUUCGCAAGGAGGAAGAGGAAGCCGAUGCGGGGGAGGCGCACGCCCGCUCGCAGCUCAAACAGGCUCUACGUGAUUUAUUCUACCCACUCUCGGCGCCAACAUCUGAACGCGUGGAGACCCGCGUGGAAAGCUCUGGAAACGAAGAAGUAGUAGAGGUUGUCAAUAUUGGCAUGGCACAGGAGGACGAGCUGUCGGACAUCCCCGCCGAGAUCCGUGAAGUCGUGCUCAAAGAGAUCGCGGCCUUCCGUGAGCGCAGCAAUCAGCAUGACUUGGAACGUCUACGCGGGGAGGAAGAGUUUGAAGAGCAAGAGAGACGACGCAAUGGAGCAUCCAGAGCCGCACCCCACGAUGGCUCGAACGGCACCCCCCUCGGCCCGCGCGGCGCACCCUCCGGCCCCCGAGCGCAGAACGGAACGACUGGUGGCGGCCCCUCGUCCACUUUUGUCAACGGCGGCGUGGAGAAUGGCGGCAUUACCUACGAAGACGACGACGACGGCAUGGACGCCAGCGACGACGAGCUCGACCGGCGACGGCUCAAGGAGGAGCAGGCCGAGGCAGACAAGGCGUAUGCCGAGGCGGAGCGGCGGUGGUCGAACCGCGAGCGCUCGCGACAGGCGGCGCUGGAGCGGGAGCGCAACCGCGAAAAGGACGGCGCGGCGGUGCGCCAGCAGCGCGCCGCCGCCCGCCUCGCGCAGGACAAGGAGUGGGACGACGAACGCGAGGCAGCCCGCAAGUCCCACCCGUAUUACCGCGACCGCGCGGCGUGGGCGCGCAAGCGCGCCGCCGAUCGCGCCGACGAGGACGCCAGGGAUGACGCGGACCUCGCCGCAGCCGCCGGAGCCGCCCAGCGGCGCGCGCGCCGCACCGUCGCCGAGGUCGAGGGCCUCCUGGACGACGAGGAGGAGCAGGCCGGCACGCGCCGCAUCCGACCGCUCGUGCCCAUCGAGCACACCGCCGGCGGCGCCGGCAUGACGGAGGAGGAAGUGUCGGAGGCGGUGCGCGCGCUGGCGCAGGAGAUCCCCUCGGACAGGGACGGCCUGUGGCGGUGGUCGGUGCAGUGGGACCACAUGGACGACGGCGUCAUCGCGGACCGCCUCCGGCCGUUCGUGGAGCGCAAGAUCGUCGAGUACCUCGGCGUGCAGGAGGAGAUGCUCGUCGAGGCGGUGGAGGAGCACCUGCGGAAGCACGGGACGGCGGCUGCUCUGGUCGAAGAGCUGGAAGGGGCACUGGACGACGAGGCGGAGGACCUGGUCAAGAAACUGUGGCGCAUGGUCAUCUUCUUCACGGAAUCAGAAAAGAGGGGGCUGCCGGCGUAA